UGUUGACGUCACACAGACUCACUUCCUGGACAGUGUUUGUGUUGCUGCUUUAUUUUCUUCAGCCUCUCGUAUGUGUUUAUCGUCACAUCUCAAUCAAACAUCGUGUUUUUAUUUACUAUCAUGGUCUAUAUUUCAUUUCCUCUCUGCUGUCCAAACUGACUGCUGUCUGGUCUGGUAUGGAGUCUGCGGCUGUGGAUGAUGAUAUCUGUAUUCUGAAGCACGAGACGGCGUACGGGCCGACAGAAAGCCCCGUGUCUGUGUGUGCCGGAGACGAAUCGGUGGCAUCUCACUUUGCUCUGGUCACGGCUUACGAGGACAUCAAGAAGAGACUGCGAGAUACAGAGAAAGAGAAUGCAGUGCUCAGGAGAAAAGUCAAACAUCUGGAGGAUAAACACUUUCGACCUGAAGCCCCUCCCGCUGAAGGACCGCAGUACAUGAACAAAGCUUUCAGCGCGUACCGCGGUAUCUAUAUAGAGAAGGAGGAUUUACAGAUGGAACUGAAUAAACUGAGGAAAGAGAAAGCAGAUAUGGAGAGAUGUUUGACAGAUCAGUUACAGACCAGAGAGCUCGAGCUGCUCCAACUACGAUCAGAAAUAGAGACCAAUCAAGUUAUGAAGAGUCUGAAUCAUACAUCAGAAUACUGGCAGGUGGAGAGAGAUGAAGGUGAAAUCAUUCAGUCACUACGGCAAGAGUUUGAGAAGAAUACACUUCAUCAUCUCUGUACUUCAACACAGGGUCUUUCUGAACCUGAUGACCACAUCCAUGACAUCACAGACUCCAGGACGCUGGCCAUCGUGCAGUCUUAUCAAGAUUUGUUGGGUGAAGUGUCACGCUUACACAACAUUGUACGAUCACAGUCAGAUCUGAUGAAGAAAUUACAAAAGAGACCGAUGCUGUCGGGACUCAGACGAGAUUCGGCUGUUCCAGUGCAGUGCUUGGAUGAUGUGGAGAAGAUCACCGAGCCGGCGAGAGGAUCGACGUCUCGGCCUCCCAGCGCACCUCCUCUUCCCUCGGCAUCAGGGACUCAAGUUCUGGAUGGCUCGCAGGAGAACUGCUUGAAGGACCCAUGGCCUGUAACACGACCCGCUCCUUUGGGCAGCCCCGGUGGCGGCGGUCCGCCUCGGCCUCAACGAAUGGGCUCGCUGGAUGACAGCUCCUGGUCUUUUCCCAGUCCGCCGAGACCGAGCGACGCGUCUUUUUGGGACAACUCGACAUCCAAGAGCCCUGCAGCUAACUGGACCCCGCCAUACUGAUCCACGGGCCCCGCUGCCGUCACGACGACACCUUACCUGCCUUAACGCGUCCCCUCGCUGAGCCCCGGAUGAUAAUAUACCUCGAGCGAUCUGGACUGUGACCGUCAGUCACCGCGUAUUUUCUGCUCACGUCUGGGGACGAAGGUUUGAUUUGAGUUUAAAGACCAGAGAGGCGGACCUUUGUGUGUAUGAAUGUGUGUGCGUGUGUGUGUGUUUUUCUGCAUUAAACUCACUCCAGUGGCUUUGUCAGAAACAUAUAUUUGUGCUUUUACUAUAGCCACGUCUCAUUGAGUGCUGUAACUGGAUUAUGUCUUGUAUUAUGAAUGUAUAAAGGGAUGUUUAGUAGUCCAGAGUUCAGUCAGAAAGAAUUGAUUUGCAAUGUGAACGCUGCUCUGAUGUGUUUCAGCUCGGUUCAAAUCUGAUAAAAAACCAACUUGUUGUUUUAGCUUUUAGAUUUAGUCUAUAAAAUAUAUGGGCAGCACUUUUUCCCCUUAUUUUUUCUCCUUUAAACAGGGUUCCCACGAGACGUGAACUGUCAGAGAAUUUUAAAUUGUGAUUCAUUUCCAGGUCUGAAUAAAAAUAUUUCAGUUCUGCAAAGUUGUAGAAAUGUGUACUGUGAAAAUAAAUCAUGCUCAGAUCAAAUAUAUCUCAUUA